UUAGUCUUCAAGUAUCAACCAAUUCAUGUCCAAAUGUCUGAGCAAAAUAGUCAGCUAUUGUAUGAUAAAGGAUCUUGUGUUCAUUGUUGAAUAGCAAGAUCAAGUGGGCAGGGACAGGAAACACAUGACUGAUGUCUCGGGUUUCAGAUCCUUUAAAUUCCAAAUGCAAAGUUUCUUUUUGAUUCCUGCCCCACUUUCCACUUCCCUUUUUAAUCUAUCAAUUCCAUCCACAAACUUUUUCUCCAAGUCAAAUAAUUCUUAGUGGCUGAUGAUGCAAAUAGAACUAUAAAUAGUCUUCACUGGAGGCUCACUGUCUGUAUACACAAGGACAGAGUCGAGUUAACUCAAAGCUUGUCUAGUUGAUAAUAAAUUCCACGAUGGACCCUGAAGAAGGUGUGUCGGCUGCUUCAGCACCAGCAACUCCAGGAACUCCUGGUGCUCCUCUCUUUGGUGGAUUCAAGCAUGAGAGGAAAAACACAGGCAAUGGCAAAAAAUCCCUUCUCAAGAGCUGUAAAUGCUUUAGUGUCGAACCAUGGGGCUCCGAAGAAGGAACUUUGCCUGCCGUUUCAUGCAUGUUACCUCCUCCUCCUGUCUCACUAGCUAGAAAGGUGGGAGCAGAGUUUAUAGGUACUCUGAUACUAAUAUUUGCAGGGACAGCCACAGCAAUUGUGAACCAGAAGACACAAGGCUCUGAAACACUAAUCGGACUGGCUGCCUCUAGUGGACUCGCUGUAAUGAUUGUGAUUCUGUCAACUGGCCACAUCUCUGGAGCCCAUCUUAACCCAGCUUUAACCAUUGCUUUUGCUGCUCUCAAGCAUUUCCCUUGGAAACAUGUUCCUGUGUAUAUUGGAGCACAAAUUCUAGCAUCAUUCUGUGCUGCAUUCACACUCAAGGUAGUUAUGAACCCAAUAAUGGGUGGUGGAGUCACUGUUCCUUCUGGUAGUUGUGUUCAAGCGUUUGCUUUGGAGUUCAUCAUCAGCUUUAACCUCAUGUUUGUUGUCACUGCCGUGGCUACUGACACUAGAGCUGUGGGAGAGCUUGCGGGAAUUGCAGUAGGAGCGACCGUCAUGCUCAACAUACUAAUAGCCGGGGAGACAUCUGGGGCUUCAAUGAAUCCAGUGAGAACCCUGGGACCAGCAGUAGCAGCAGGAAACUACAAGGCGAUAUGGAUCUACCUGACUGCUCCAAUUCUUGGCGCUCUAGUUGGAGCAGGCAUUUACUCUGCCGUCAAACUGCCUGAUGAAGACAGCAACAAUCACGCGAAGCAAGCACUGGAACAUAGUUUCAGAAGUAUUGAUCAUUUACCUCAGAGAACUCUAAGGGCGAUGUGCAGCACAGGGCAAAAUAGAUCAGAAGUUGGAUGCUAACAAAUAAGUUUGCCCACUCUUAUUCCACUACGAUCUUCAGAUAUUCCAUAACUUUCAAUUUAGCUGAUAGAUGUCUUGGUCAUCCACAAAAGGACAAUUUACUUGUUAUGUCACUUGAAUGCUAAAUCCAUGUGAAAAGCAAAUUCAACUACCUACUAAAUGAGGUACUGUAAAAAUAGACAGAAAUAAAGGCGGCCAAAAUCCGCUUUCUUUGA